AUGUCCCCUUUUCGUUUAGUUUACGGGAAAGCGUGUCAUCUUCCUGUUGAGUUGGAACAUAAAGCCUUUUGGGCCGUGAAAAAUGUCAACUUGGACAUUGAUGCAGCCGGUACUCACCGAAAACUCCAACUCCAAGAAUUGGAAGAGAUAYGCAAUGAUGCGUAUGAGAGUAGUCAUAUAUAUAAAGAAAAGACCAAAGCUUUUCAUGACAAAAUGUCUUCCCGUAAGACAUUUGUUUUAGGUCAAAAGGUCUUACUUUUUCACUCUCGUCUCAAACUAUUUCCCGGAAAGCUUAGGUCCCGGUGGGUGGGACCAUUUGUUGUUACUAAUGUAUUUGGUUAUGGUGCCAUAGAGAUUAAAAGUGAGAAAACGGGAAAAGUGUUCAAGGUUAAUGGUCAUCGUUUAAAGCCAUUCUAUGAAGGGUUCAAGCCUCUUGAUGUAGAGGUUUUCAAGGUGGAGGUGCCGAAGGAGGGAGCACCAUAG